AUGGGAAAUUGUGUCCCUAUCGCUCGAGCGCAAUGGCAAUCCGCCAGUCUGAGGUCCAACUGCGAAGAUGUGGUAAAAGAAAAAGUAGAAAAGGCAGUCUCCCUUAUCAUGAUCGAAGCCAGAGAUACAGGAGAAGCUGACAUCAUGAAAUGGUGGACGUUGAUGGCCUCCGACAUCAUCGGCCAGUUAUCGUUUGGAGAGUCAUUUGAGCUCCUCGAGUCAGGGGAAAAAUCCCACCAUAUCCAAGUUCUCGAGGCGGCGGCCCUAGGGGCCACGCUUCAAUAUGAGGUUCCAGCCAUGUUGGGUCUUCUUCGACGCAUACCUGUCCCAAAGCUGAACCUAUUGGUCACCGCACCAAACCUGGUCCAUAGGUAUGGCGAAGCGGCCGUCUUGAACCUGCGUCGUCACAGUGAUAAUCGAGCGAACCUCUUUGCCACCACGCUGGCCCAGAGUGAAGCAGCAGCGCAGAAAUUCGAGCUAACAGACGAUGACAUUCGAAAAGAGGCUUCCAACUUCAUACUCGCCGGUGCUGAUACGACGGCCUUAACUUUGACCUACUUGGUCUGGGCAGUUCUCAAAAGACCUGACUUGCAGGUUCGGAUUGAAGAGGAAGUCUCAACGAUAGGUCCUGCAGCUUCUGAUGAAGCCCUGGAGCAGCUCCCACUCCUUAAUGCUGUGAUCGAGGAAACUCUUCGAUUGUAUGGGGCUGUGCCAGGAAAUCUGCCCCGAGUGGUGCCGGAAGGCGGAGUUUCUCUUUCAGGAUACGCGGUUCCCGAAGGUAUCGAGGUGGAAACACAAGCAUACUCGCUACACCGUGAUCCCAACGUUUUCCCUGACCCCCUCACGUAUGUGUCCUAUUCUCCCUCGCGCUACGCACUGAAGAUAACAAAGAUAGGUUCGAUGAAACACGCUGGAUGGGCAAAGAUAGACCGAAACCCAGGUCAUACUGUCCGUUCGGUGCUAGGACGAGAACAUGCGCCGGUGUCCAUCUAG